ACAAUCACUGCAACUGCACGAAAUGACCCAUGCCAAGGUGAAGCGUCAAUUCCAUUGCCCUCGCAAGGACUGUUCCUAUUCGGGUCUCACGCACGAGGGCCUGAAAACCCACAUGAAAUCCCACUCCCAGGGCCAACACAAAUGCCAGCACGAGAACUGCAGAUAUGUGGGCAAGAGUGAGCUGCACUUGAAGCGGCACCUCAAAUCGCAUGCAUUUGUUCCAGCGCUAGCUGACGACGGAAUAUGGCUCAAGUGUGAUCAGUGCGAGUUCAGGGCAAUGGUCAAGAGUCACCUGGAUCGUCAUAUGCGCAAACAUACCGGAGAGAAGCCCCACAAAUGUCCCCACUGCAGCUUCCGGUGCAGCAGCUUCGACAAUCUACGCAAACAUAUUACAAAGACGAACAAACAUCCGGGCAAGUUCAUAUACGAGUGCUCUACCUGUACUACCUUCAAGAGCAACAGCUUUAAAGACUUUCAGCAACAUUCGAUCACACAUCAAGCGGAAGAUCCUCGAGAAAUUAAUGAAAGAAAAGAUUGA